AUGUCACAGCGCCUGGAAGCCGCGGAACGGCGCGGAACGCGGAGCGCACGGAGCCGCACGGAUCCCCUGCCCGCUGGGAGCCCCUGUCCGCCGGGAGCCCCUGCUGCAUGGGCAGCCUCCAGCUGCAGGACUUCGUGGCGGGCUUGGUGGGCGACUCGUUUGCAAGCGGGACAAGGAUAUGGAAAUACAUUCAAGUGUGUUCUCACUGUGUACAGAAAUGAGUCUCUGACAGGCUUCUUCAAGGGCAUGUCCUUCCCAAUGGCCAGCAUUGGCAUCUACAGCUCGGUGGUGUUCGGAGUCUUCAGCAACACGCAGCGGCUCCUCAGCCAGCUCCGCCACGGGGACCCGGCCGCCGCGCCCUCGCUCACCGACAUGACUCUGGCCAGCCUCGUGGCUGGGGUCAUCUCUGUGGGCAUUGGCACGCCCGUGGAACUGGUCAAGAUAAGGCUGCAGAUGCAAACACAGCCGUACACCAAAGCAAAUGUUAAACUAAAUUCCACAGCUCCUGGAUCUCCUGUGUACAGAGGCUCAAUUCACUGCUUACGGACAAUCCUACAGAAAGAGGGGAUACCAGGAAUAUACAGAGGCAAUGUAGCAAUGCUCCUGAGGGAUGUUCCUGGCUACUGCGCCUAUUUUGUCCCGUAUGCAAUGUUCUGUGACUGGAUAACUCCUCAUGGAAGCAUUGCUCCUAAUCCCUUCUCCAUCUGGGUGGCAGGGGGUGUAGCAGGAGCUGUUUCCUGGGCAGUAUGUACUCCAAUGGAUGUUGUGAAAAGUCGAAUUCAGGCAGAUGGAGUUUAUUUAAACCAGUACAAAGGGACCCUUGACUGCAUGUUGCAGAGCUACCAGAAUGAGGGCUUAAAAGUCUUUUUUAGGGGCCUCCUGGUCAACACAAUAAGAGGAUUCCCCUCGAGUGCAGCCAUGUUUCUUGGCUAUGAACUUUCUCUCAAAGCAAUGAAAAGAUACCAAACUGAGACCAAUCCCUAA